ACACACACACAUUCUCAACAGGUCUAUGUAGCCGUGGUACUUCACAAUCAACGGGACCCUCACUACAGCGGCACGGACGUCUUGGGAAAGUAGACCGGACCACACAAAUAUUUUCAACAAAAUCUAGCAUUUCGACAACCACUAUGAGGCUCACACGGACUGUUGUCAUGUUAUUUCUGAUGGCAUCUAUUUUAAUACACGCCAUCUGUUGUGAUGAACUCACAGAUAGUAUUGCAAGAGAUGGACGAUCUCUUGCUGCAAGACUCUCACAAGAUGCAGAUAAGUGGAAAGUGUGUUUCGUAUCGACAACCUUUGUCUGUUUUUGUGGGAAGUUAACGAAACUACAAGCGUGUUACAACCCCAAGGAGUUCAAGUACGUUCAUGAGCGACCGCCAUUUUUCAGAGGCUAAAGAUGGCAGAGUUAGGUCGAUGAUGACGAUCUCACAAUUAAUACCAGUGGGAAAUAUAUUUUCAACUCUUCAGCAAGGGACACGAGGACAAGCUUGAGAGCAAACUGUCACAUUCUGGAAAAACAUCCCGGAAAGCCCGUCAUAAUUGAAAUUACUGUUCAAAUACCGUGGGGGCUACUCAACCAAAUCCCCGUAGCCUUCGCCCUCGCGAUAGCCGCAUCUUUUCGUAAAUCUCGUCGUUGUUGAAUAACAGACCAAGCGGUGCUGGGGACAGAAGCAUCAUAACAUACAGCCAUAGCAUAUACUUGGGUAUCAUAAAUGCAUCUUACUGAAUGUUAAAGGUGCGGUACAUCUUUGGUUUUCUAAGAGGAAGUUUUAUUUGAAAUUCUAUAGUUUACAAUAACUGUAAAUAUAUUUCAUCAUUUGUCAUACAAUUCUUACGCAAGCCUUGGGAGGGAACACCUACUAUUAAUAGUUGAAAUUCACUGUCCUGUGCUUUCUCCAUUUUGGCAUAACGAGAUAAGACUUGUGGUGCAAAGUAAUUGUUUUAGAUGGAAAUAUUCCUGUAUUGUUUCCACAUUUUAUGAAAGUAAGCCAAGACACUGGACUAUCAUUGAAUAAUACCUGUAGUUUAAUUUACCUUUAAAUAUAACACUAAUUAGAACACAAAGACUAGGGAAGAAUAACUGUGCAGUAUAACUUUUUGGUCCCGAUCCUAUUAUUUUCUUUGAAACAAUAAAUAUAAUACUUUAAUCUCUGACAGUUAAAAGCGCAAGUUUAAACAGGACUGUAAAUUACUUUGUCACUUUAAUAAGUAAUAACAGUUCUAAAAAAAAUACACACAUAGUUCAAUAAGUGCUAUUUUGUAAUGCAAUAAACAUAACAUGUCAAACUUAUUUAAGUUGUUUCAGUUUUAAACAAAGACAGUUUCACUGGAUCUGGACUUGGACCAACUCCCUUCGGAUUAACGUACUGGCGCUCUACCAACAGAGCUAUUCAACAGGCGGUCUUACUUUGAGUCAAUAUCAAGGCUGCCAGUCAGAAGCCAUUAAUUUAAUUGUUACCCGCCGUGCGUGGAGCUUGGCAUAACACCCAAGCUUACAAUGCAACCUAGGAUUCUAAGUGGCACCGUCGGCACAAUAAUCCUGGGGUCGUUGGUUCGGGUCCAGGUCCAUUCAUUUUGCCUUUGUUCAAAUAAAAAGAAACGACUCACCAAGGCAAUUUUCCUAGUGGUUUGUUAAACAAAAAAUGUAUUACAUCCUUCAAAAUAGAUGUUAAAGUUAAUUUGCACGGAUAAAGAAUAUGAAUUUUGGUUUACCCGUAUACGCCGAUGUGUGUUAGCACUGUAUACUCAGAACUUACCCGAGUUUUGUG